UAACCGUUUCCCAACUUUUAACGCUAAUAAAAACCACGGUAAUAGGUAUAGAUUUCGGUUCUCAAUAUUUUAAAAUAAGUUUAAAUUCUCCCAAAAAGUCUUUCUAAAUCGUCGAAAACACUUUAUCUAAACGCAAAACAAUGAAUUCCAUAUCUUUUAUAGGAAAUGACCGUAUAUAUGAUAAAGACGCUUCAAUGAAGUAAGUUCGAAAUCCUAAAAAUUCCUUCGUUUUCCUGACUAAAUUUUUGGGCGCUUUAAAAAACGACUAAUAAGUAUUCGAAAUCUCCAAAAAAUAUUACGAAGAAUAUAUAUAUUAACUCGACCCUAUACACGGCACAGUUAUUUUCGAACUCGAGAAAUUCAAAUUAAAUAAAGCGAAUGAAAAAAUCCUUUUAAGAGUAGAAGAAAUAACAGGAAUGAUAUUAAAAUCCGCCAAAAAAUACGCAGAAUAAAAAGCCGAAAUCCCAAAUAUAAAAGACUGUGUAAUUACAGUACCCACAAACUGGUCUCUGAAAUAAAGAAUAGCCCUAGUAUAAAGUGCCAGAAUAGCUGGUUUAAUUCCCAUUAGUUUAAUUCACGAUAAUACUGCUGCUGCACUACAUUAUGGGCUUAAUUUUUUAAAUAAUAACAAUAAUAAUACUCUUACAAAAAAUGUCAUUUUUUAUAAUAUGGGAUCUACUAAUAUAUAAGCUAGUUUAGUCUAGUUUUCCUUCACUAAUAAUACUAUAAAAUUGGAUAAUUAGAAGAUUAUUCCAGUUGUUUCUGUUCUAGCAGACUACGGAAUAUCCGAUGUAGGUGGUUAUGCCUAUGAUUUAAAAAUAGCUGAUUAUUUUGCUGAAUAAAUUGAUGUAAGUUAACCAAACUAACCCACAUUUAAGGAAAAUAGGAAGGGAAUGGUCAAAUUAUUAAAGGAAUCAAAUAAAGUUAAGGAAAUACUUUCCGCUAAUAAAGAAACCUAGUUUUUUUCGGAAGGUCUUUUAGAUGGAAAUGACUUUAAAUCAUUCAUUACAAGAUCUAAAUUCGAAGAAAUAACCUCUAAUUUAACACAAAAUGUACUAAUUCCAGUACAUAAAGUAUUAUAAAUGUCAAAUAAGACUAAAGAAGACAUAGAAAUAGUAGAAUUAAUAGGAGGAGGUGUCAGAAUACCAAAAGUACAGUAAAUUUUAGGAGAUUUUUUCGGUUAAAAUAAAACUGGAUUUCAUCUAAAUGGAGACGAAUCUAUGGCUUUAGGAGCUGCUUUUUUAGCAGCGAAUUACUCCUCUUCUUUCAGAGUAAAAAGAGUUUAAUUAAAUGAUGGAUAUAAUUUCGAUAUAAAAAUGAAAAUAAUAAAUUUAAAUCCAGAAGAUGGUGAUGAUUUCUCAAAAGAAACAGUUCUUUUUGGAUAUAAAAAAAGAUUCGGUUCUAAAAAAGUUAUCAAUUUUAAACAUGAUAAGGACAUUUAAUUGAAUAUUUUUACAGAAGACUACGAAGGAAAUACUAUGUAAUUAGUCAAGUAUAAUAUAACUAAUAUUUCCAGUGUUUUUUAGAAUAAAAAAUACCAGGAAUUCGCACCAAUGAAGAUUUCAUUACACUUUGAAUUAGGAAGUAUUCGAGUAAUAGACUUGAGUGAUGUAGAAGCUUCUUUAAAUAUAACUUAAAAAUUAGAAAAUGAUAAAGUUAAAAGUAAAAUAUAAAAUUUUGAUGUUGAUAUAUAUGAAAUGUAUCCAUUUUACAAUCCUUUAAAUUAAACUGAAGUUGAAAAAAGCUAAAAAAAACUAGAAAGAUUUGAUAAAUUUUAAGAAUAAAUUAAAAUGGUAGAGAAGUAGAAAAACACCUUCGAGUCAUUAAUUUAUUAAAUAAAAGAGCAUUCCACUGAUAAGUCAUUUUUAAAAUAUUCUGACGGAAAAGAUAUUUAAAAAGCUGUAGAAUUAGCGGAAGAAAACAGUUAAUGGCUAGAAAGUGAUGACGUUAAUUAUGCUGGCAUUGAAGAUUUUAAAAAAAGAUAUUAGGAUAUGGAAAAUAUUAUAAACCCUAUUAAAUUUAGAAAGUCAGAACAUGAAAAAAGGGUUAAAGGUUAUAAUGAAGCUACUAAAUAAAUUAAUUCAUUUUAAGAAAAUACUGAUAAAUUAGAAAAAACACACCCUUGGAUUUCUAAAGAUGAAAAAUCAAAGCUUAAUAAACUUAUUUAAAGUACUAAGGUAUGGAUGUAAUAAGUAUAAGAAAAAUAAAAAACAUUAAAAUUAUAUGAAAAUCCAGCAUUUAUUUUACAAGAAGUAAAUGAAAAAGUAAGCGAAAUAAAAAAAGAAUAUGACAGGAUUAAAGCUAUUAAAAAACCAACUGCUAUAAAACCUAAUGUAGAUAAUAAAAAAGAUUAAUAAACACAAUAACAAAAUAAUUAAUAGAAAAAAAAUGAAAAAAAAUAAGGUAAAAAAGAAGAUUUGUGA